GGACAGCCGCUGGGUGGAGGACAACUGGGAAGAUCCGGCCAAUCUGGUGAGAGAGUUUUGUAAUUGGCGUGAGGCUACCCAAAUCAGGAAAAGGAAAGGAAAGACCGCCCUUCUCGGCCUCCUAGCAACAGCGCUGCAAGCCGCAGCUCGGGAGCAGUGGCGGUUGCGGCAGGAAAGGGACGCCCUGGAGGCGAAACUAAGGGAACUUGACACGAAAUGCCUCUUACUGCAGAUAGCGGCUGAGGUUAAAGCACAGCAGAACACCCUUUUAGAGCAGAAAUUGGCAUCCCGUCUGGCUAAGGAGUUAGAGGAGAGGAGAAAACUCCCGACACCACACCUGGGAGAGAGGAAAUGUCGACCCACCGCUCCAUGAAUCUGCUCGGCCUGCUUGUCAUCUUGACCCUGGAAUGUGUGAGAGCCCGCGGCAACACCUUCUUGAAGGCCUUAGCCCACUACAGCCAGGACCUGAACGUUUCAAACUGUUGGGUUUUGGGCAUUCCCCAUUGAAUGGGUGGGCGGGUACCCCCUUAUAGCUCAUCCUUAUGACAACUCCACCUGGUUCAAUACAACAGGAGCCCCCCAUCCCUGCAGCAGCCGCCCUAACGCGGAGCCCGCAUAUGCCACCACAUACCUUAUGGUGAGUGGGUGGACUGACCAUGCUGUAUCCCCAUUCGGCUUUCACGAUAUUGGUACCAAAUUCUGGGCAGGCAAUAGUUCCCACGUAUGUAACGCAGCUAAGCUCCAGGAUGGGCGCAGAUCUGCGGCCGGUCAUUGUGGCCCACCGACCACCAAGCAGGGGGUGGACGUCCGCUCCCAUGGCCUGCUCACUGCAAAUGGGACCUUUGGCAACUGUGGCACCACCCCCUGUGCAGUACCUGCCUAUCUCAUUUGUGGCAUCCAGGCCUAUCGGUGGCUCCCUGCCGGCUGGGGAGGGACUUGCUUCCUUGGUUUUGUGCUCCCGGCCAUCCGUCACACCAUGAGUCGCCCGGAAGGUUGAGUCCGAAAUGGUCAGGGGGCCCCGAUCUCAGAGUCCGAAUGCUUCUUCAGGAUCAUGUUUCCCGCAUAUGGGUUUGCACGGGUGGCUCGUGAAAUACUUAACCUAGCUAAACUAAUUGAACAGAUAACCAAUGAUUGCUGUCAGCCUUAUGGCCCUCAGGGAUGAACAGAGAGCCAUCCGGACGACCGUCCUGCAGAACCGAAUGGCCCUUGACUUCCUCCUCGCCAGCCAAGGAGGGGUCUCCAAGCUUAUCGGGAAGGAAUGUUGCACCUUUAUCCCUGACAAUUCUGGACAUGUGGACGCAAUUGUUGCCGAUAUGUACCAUGCAGUUAACCAGUACCAGGACGAUGAUACUGCUGGAGGAGUUUGGGACUGGUUCCAAGGACUCUUUAAAAACUGGGGGAGCUCACUAUUCUAUGGGUUGCUGCUGCUUUUGCUCUUGUUAGUGGGCCUAGUGGGAGGAUGCUGGUUCAUAGGUUGCUGUUGUUCGGUCCUCUCCACACGCAAUGUGACGAGCACUGCAGUCGUCCACGACUUCUCUCUCUGUGCAUUACUUCAAGAAUGUUGUAGUCCACCAGUCAUCCUCCCUACCUCUGGUCACCACACCUUGAAGGCUCCUCCUGCCCCCGACCCCAUCACCCCUGGCCAGAGCAUGGGCCCUGUCCUCUGCCCCGACCUAUGGAUCUACUCUCCGGACUUCCGUGGCCAGCCGGGUGAGGAUAUCAGUUCCUUGUGGUCAGGGGAGGGACAAUCCUGGAGGGCACGGCCUCCAGCAUCACUCCACCACCACGUGCCCCGGAGGGGACACAGGGAAGGUUGGGGUCAAAUGGGCACAUAUGGCAAGGGCCAAUGGGUGGUAUGUGCCAAGGUGGACCUGGGCACCAGCUACCCCAGGUUAAAAUGCCAUCGGUGACAUAACCUUUCUGGCCAGAGGGGGCGGGACAGGAAGAUAGGUGCCCCUCACCUCCAUGCCCACCCAAUAAGGUAUGGAAGGGAAGGGAGCAGAAGGGGCAGAGAUUGAACAGGAAGGAAGU